GUCGUGUUGUGUAAAGUCGAUUAGGUGACUAGAAUUGGUGUUGUGUGAUGCGGAGCGCAGCGGAUCCGGCGCCCGGCGCUCUGUGCUUAUAUCAAUUCAUUCGUCUCACGCGCCGGCAUCGGGUGGCCGUGCAUAUCGACACGUCAUUCCGAAUUUAGUAACUACCCGCAAAUUAAUCAAAUUUUAUAUAAUUAAUAAUAAAAAAUAAUAUUUUAAAAUAAAAAAAAAACAACGGACCGAUUUGAAAUCAGUCGAUUGCUGAGUGUGAUUUAUCUGUAGUGUCAUAAUUAUCGAAUGGUGUGUUAAUAAAUAAACGUAUUUAUUUAUUUGUUGUGGUACAGUAAAAAAUCAUAGUGGUGUUGUCAAAGAGAUUGUACACAAGAAUAAUUAUUACAUGAGUUCUCAGGAGUUAAAGAUGUCUCUGGAACAUCAAAUGCCGGUGCUGAUAAAAAAGACGCAGAUGAGCGGUGAUCGUGCCGGAUCACAGUGCGGUCUGACAUCUUUGCUCCCGAUGUCGUGUCGCGGUCGGGCCGCUGCAUUCGCUCGGGACUUACACUCACGACUACGCAGUCUUGGCGCUACAGAGGAGAAUGGCUGUGAAAAUAACUGGCUUUCUACAGGGGACAGUUCCACUCAUCGACCUUCCAGUUCCACACACUCGCAACGGGACCUUUAUGAUUUUGAAUUAGAAUGCGAAAGUCCGUCAAGUCCUGUUGAUGGCUUUGAGUCAUCUUUUUCAGAAAGGCAAAAUGAAACCAGAGAUCCGCCAUUUUACGAUGUCGAUACCGAAUCAGAACUUAAAGAGAAAAGUAAAUUAAUGCUAAAACAACCAGACAAGGGGAAGAAUGGAUUUAAAUUUUCAACAGCAUUUUAUACAGAAUCACCGGUUAAGCUCCAACCAGGAUCGAAAGAAAAUGGUCACGUUGAUAAGCCCUUAUAUUCUCCUAUAACUUUUGAAGGUUGUGCCCGACACAAUAGUUGCGAUGAAAGCGAUAGUGCAAUACAACAUAAUUCAGUUAUAAAGUCAGAUCGAAGUUUGAUUCCACAUUUAAAUUCAGCCAUAGACAGCGACCCUGAAUUUGAAUCAGCGAAAAGCGAUCCUUCUGUUAGCAUUGAUGAAGUGAAUCAAUCUACAAAAAAUCAUAUAACAGAAGGAUUUGAAGAUGUAUCAAUUACUGACAAUGAGACCCUCAACGAACAAGAAAAAAUGUCAACAGCAAGCGUUGGUGAUCAGAAUUUAAACGAAAUUAACAUAUGUGUAAGUAAUGGGCUAACAGAAAUAGUUACCAGUGAAGUUCCUAUUGAUAAAGACCUAUCACCUGAUCCUGAAAUUGACCCUUCGUUGCUUAACGCUGAGACUAAAACAGAAGAUGAAUCUGAAGAUGAUAAGCCACAACGAGUACGCCGUUGCUCAUCAUUAAAAACAGGAAAAACACCCCCUGGUACUCCGGGUCGUAAAAAAAUUGUGCGCUUCGCCGAUGUGCUAGGGCUCGACUUGGCAGAUGUGAAGACGUUUAUGGAUGAAAUACCAGUUAUUCCAAAGUCUGCGUACGAUGAUCUCUCUGGUUGUGACGUUCAUAAUUCACCACCAUCGCGACCUCCACCGCGACUCGGUGCAUUAACUUUAGUUCCUUUAUUCCAACUAACGCGUGACGUAACAGAGAAAUUAGAAAAACAAACUGUAUGCUUGGAAAGCUCAAGAGUCUGCGACGGAGUCCAUGUCACAAUUUGCGGCUCAGUGCGAGUACGAAAUUUGGAUUUUCAUAAGACUGUUCACAUUCGCUACACUAUGAACCGUUGGAGAACUUACACAGACCUACAGGCAACUUAUGUACAAGGUUCAUGCGAUGGUUACUCAGAUCGUUUUCAAUUUGUUUUGUACGCACCCUGCAUUUCUUCCGGACAAAGAUUAGAAUUGGCAGUGAGAUUUCAAUGUAAAGGUCAGCAAUUCUGGGACAGCAACAAUGGAACUAACUACUGUUUCGAUUGUUUAGCUCUCGGCGCAGCGCAGCCUGCACUAUCAUCGCCGGGGACGCUCCACCCUACCGUGGACUGGCACCCGUCUUUCUACUGAAUUAGUGCCUAACGCGAAAGGUGUAGCGUUUAUGUUGAGCGUCGGUGGCGAACGAUCGGGAACGAGGAGUCCGGCACGUCUCGGUCCAGCUGUGUGUAUGCAGAGAGGCUCGCGGAAGCGCCCGUUGCCGGUCACAUUCCUGUGCCUGUAUAAAUUGCGGCUGCAAUAUUGUUCGUUUGCAUAUGAACUUAAAUUAUUGAGGCUUCGUAUAACUUUUGUGAUAUACAAUUUAGUUUAGGCGUAGGAUAUGUAAACAUGAGCGUUUGACUCGUUUAGAGUGCCAUUUGCCGUAACGAUGUUUAUUUGUAGAAUUUUUUGUAUGUACUAUUAAUUUGUAGUACAUCGUCCCUGUGGACAAUAAAAAGCAAUAGUAGGUACUGAAGAGUGUGCCGAGCGAGGUGCGAGCCGCCCUCACUGUUUCUUUGUAUAUAGAUCGAGAGAUAAAUUCUGAAUGAUAUUAAUUAAUAUUUUAAUAAAAAAAUUUACGAAACUAUUAGUCAUAUUAAAUAUCUUUAUCUCGAAAAUAAAACUAGUUAUCAAGGUUUUAGUCACAUUAAUUACGAAAUUAGAUAAAUAAAUAUACGAAUAAAAAAUAUGAAACUAUAUUACAGAAUUAUUAUACUUGUUAGUUUUUUUACGAUGUUUUAUGAAUUGUUACAAACGUUGUCUACAUCGAUGUCAGUUAUAAUUAAGUGUCCUUACUGUCAACCCUAAUACUGUAUGUGCUGUACUAAGUAGGUAAUGUAAAAUGUUAUGAAAUCGAUGUAAUAUUUUCUAUUUUUUUAAAUACAGAAUCAUGACAACUCGAUACAUAAUGAAUACAGGGGAUUUAUUAUUUGUUACGAGUAUAUUUGAUUUUGAGAUUCUAUUUUUAAAAUGAGACUAAUAGAAAUAACGGAAUUAAAUUAUUAUUAUUAAUAUUUAUAACAAUGAUUUUUAUUUUGUAUGUACCUGAAAUCUUGUAAUGUGGCCAUAUUAUUGAUUACUUUAUAAACGCGGAAACGCUAUUCUAUUGGAUUUUUUUAGUAUUGUUAUUUUUGACACCUGUUUUAGCAAUAAAUCUACGAAUAAAUGAAUGUGCAUAAUAUCAU